GACUUUCUCGCAUUCAUCCACAGACAUCCAGCAACGUCGCAUUACCAGCCCACGCGCCGCUAUCCCGAAAAUCCGGAGCGCAACAGGACAUAGCUCCCGCGCCAUUUCAGACUCCUCUCGCCAACUCACCCAUCCUUACAUCACCUGUGGUCUGACCGAUCUAGACCAGGUCACAAGACCUCACGAGGACACCGCUGAGCAUACGAAGGAAGCAAUUGGCCACGAGAGUCGCGCGCAAAACCGAAGACUCCUGGGCCUGCUCAUCUAUUCAACCGAGGACCAGUAGUCAGUCUGCCAGUUUUCGCGCAACCGGCAAAAAGGGACAUUCCUGUAGAACGGGAACAUUCAGCGUUCAGCGGCGCAGGCAGUCACAGGAAAGAAGAAACAAAAAGGGCCACACGCGCACACAGGGGGCAGGCAGAGCACCAUACAGGAAAAGGGGAACCCCAGAUCUAGAAAAAAGGAUGCCUUACUUUGCGACCAGCCAGGAAUGGCUCCGCCAGUCGGCGCUCCUGCUCGAGGCCAGACCAACGACGACGCGCAUAACAACGAAAUACUCCAUCGCAAAGCCCAAACCUAGGAAAUCCUCCUCCUCCUCCGCCACGACAGCCGCGACGACGACGACGCCCAAGCCGCCGAGGGGAAACCUCACCGUCAAGACCUUCGACCCCGUAAGCGGCACCACGCUCAAGUACAGGACCACCAAGGCCGCCGAGGUCGGGCGGCUCGUGCUCUGCCUCGGCAGGCUGGGCACGCGGAUGACCGGCUUGCCCGGCGACAGCGCCGACGUCGAGGUCGUGGUCCCCGGUGCUGCUGCUGGAGGUGCAGCCGGGGAGGACGUGGUCAUGGCGGAUGGGUCUGCGGCGGUUGGUGGUGGUGCCGAGACACCGGCAGCAUCGGCGGCGGUGGCGGCACCGACGGGAGAGGCUGGCAAGGCGGCCGGCGGCAAGGGCAAGAAGAAGAAGGGCAAGAAAUAAAAAGGCCAGAGGGCGGAUUAGAUGACGUGCGGGAAGGGAGUCAGCAUCAUAGCAUCUUGGGCGCCAGGGAAAAUCUACACAUUAUCAUGCACAUAAAGACACUUGCACAGCUCGUCGCAGGGUUGAGGCAGACUAGAUGGAUUGUAUCGGUCGCGGGUCAAAUAGCCGAGGAACCGUGAUAUGUUGCAAGUUGCAAGAAGCGACAGCCUCAAUUAAUCGAGUUGCUCGACUUGGGUGCGACCAUCAAUAGCAAAGGAUAAGUGCAGCUCAAACAAUUCAAAGUAGAUCACACGGCAGGCAGCGCGCCACUUCGUUCG